GUAUUGUGACUUUCGUUGCUUUAAUAAAGGUUGAAAAGGGAUCGCAGCGCCUGUGCACGGCAAAAAAAAGAGGAAGAAGCAAACAUCAAGCCAAAGCUGCAUUUCUGCGUUUUCUUUUUCUAAGAGAGUUUUGUAAGGGGCGUGUGAUAUCGAGAUCUGAAUUAUUUUGGACGCUGGGGAUCGGAGGAAAUUGAGUAAAAAUAAAGAGGAACAGGAAUGGCAGGAUGAGCUGUGCCAUGUUCUUAGUUGGCUUUUAGCUCUUAACCCCUUCCAGUGCUUGCCAGUGAAAAGCGGCUCCUGCGGCCAGCGAUCACCAGGUCCUGGAUGUAGCAGCCGGAUCGCUGCUGCGGUCUAUUGUGUCGGGUGGUUUCAAUUUCUGUGAGGUCGGUAUGAAUUACAGAGAAAUCAUGCAUCCAGUUGGCUGCAGUAACACUGGCUGCUGUGAGCCUGAGAAGGAGGUGACCUUCAGUGCCGAUGAUGUGAGCAGCGAUGACCAGUUUGACUUGUGUUCUUCCCAACCGGACAAACUUUAUGGAAACAGCUACAAGCCAAUAAGCUGCGUAAAACAAGAAUCAUUGGAAGAGCCAAAUUCGCAAAUGGGUGUUGGAAGAAAUGCAGAAGGCCAGAAUGACCUGAAAAGAAGGAAAAAUAUUUUCCGAGCAGGGAAACGAGGAAGACCAUCAGGGACGACGAAAGCUGCUGGGUACAGAACCAGUACGGGCCGACCUUUGGGAACUACAAAGGCAGCUGGGUUUAAGACCAGCCCGGGCAGGCCCUUAGGCACUACCAAGGCAGCAGGAUACCGGGUCAGCCCAGGAAGGCCCCCAGUAUUUAACAGGCAAAGGCAAGACCGAAGGAAAACUCAACAGCCAGAGAGUUAAGCACUGUACUUUAACGCUUCUACAUAAUCACAAUUGGAUAUACAAAAGGGUUGAUUGACAACUACGUGAAUCGUUCCUAGAAAGGCAGGUUUUCACAUUUAUUAAACAUGUACUACUGUAAUGGUAACACUGAUGUUUUCAUCUAAAAUAUUUCAUGUAUGCGUCUUUAAAGUUUACUUACAUUAUUGUGGCAUCCCAUGCAGCACUUGAGACAUCUUCUACUGUCAAGAAUAUACCUCGGACCUGGUUUUACAUCUCCAGCAACUCUGUUUCCCAAACUGGAAAGCUGAGUUUUCUGUUUCAUAAUAAAACCAUUUUUCCAGAAA